AAUGGAAGAAGAAUAUUCAAAAGAACAACAAUUAAUUAAUCAAAUAACAAUAAAAGUACAACAAAUAAAUAACAAUAAAAGUACAACAACAUCGAAUGCAGCAACAGCUUUAUUUACAAGAAGAAGAUUAAUUAGUCGUCGUUUAAGUGGUGAAGAAUUAACAACAAAAAAUAAUAAAAUAAAAAUAAAUGAAGAAGAAGGAAGAGAAGGAAGAGGAGAAGAAUAUUUAAUUAAUAAUAAAUUAAUUAAUAAUUUUAAUUCAAAUAAUAAUAUAUCAACUUCAGCUCCACAAACACCUAGAGAUGGGAUUAUUGAAGGAUUUCAAAAAAGGUAA